CACUCAGUGUGACAAGAAGCAAAACCACAGGAUACCACGUACUCUUGCAGUUCGCUUUGUUUCUCAAACUAUUCAGAAUCUUCCUAUUGUGUGCUCCUACAUCCUCUCUCUUUAUUUCACAGAUGUCGCUGGGGUGGUUAACCUGAUCCAACCCUGAAGAACUUGGGGGAGGAAGGGAAGCCUUCUGUCUGAGAAGUGUUCCCAUCCUGACAUGCACAAGAAAUGAAGACAUCGCCUGCCAUGCUUGGAACUGGGAAGUCGUUUUGGGUCCUCUUCUUAAUCCCGCAUCUGGGCAUCUGGAGUAUUGACGGGGAAGAAUCAUGUGAUCCAUAUAUUCAUAUUGAGAGAGAUUCCGUGUACACAGCCUUUAGAGGAAAAUCAUUUUACCUGGAAUGUCCUGUGGAUAUCUGUGCUAAUGUACAAAAUGCAACCUGGUGCAAGAUUGAAGGAGAAAAGUGUCCACCUCUUUUGCAAACACCUCAUACAAAAAUGAAGUGGGAUGAAAGGAAAACUACUAGGGUUUAUCUUCUGUAUUUUGAUCAAGCACAGGCUAGCGACAAUGGAUCAUACCGCUGUUCUGCAAAUGUUUUUUCUGGACUCCUUGAAAGCUUCUCAAUAACUCUUUAUGUGACAGAAGAAACUCAAAAUAAUUCAGAACAUCUUCUAAUCACACUGACUAACAUUUCAGAUACAACCGAUGCUUCAGGACCACCAUCCAAAAACAAGACAGAGGACAGACAAUCGAUCCUUUAUAGUUUGGUUCCUUUGGGAGGACUGCCUCUGCUCAUUACUGGUUUCUGCCUAUUCUGCUGCCUGAGAAGGCACCGAGGGGAACAAAAGAAGCCUUCUGAGACAGCAGAAAGGGAAAUGCAUGUGGCUGACGUUCCUCAGCCCUCUAAGAGUGAGCAAACUGAAGUGGGCACCAGGCAGACUUCCCCAAACCUGCCAUUAGAGACUGAAGUUUAUGAUAAUGAUCCCUGGUUUGGGGUACAGGAGGAGCCUGGGGUCUAUGCUAACCCAUGUCUGGAGGAAAACAAACAGAGCAUUGUGUAUGCUUCGCUGAACCACUCCAUCGUUAAAAUGAACGCAAGACAGGCCAGAAAUGUGAAAGAAGCACCUACAGAAUAUGCAGCCAUAUGUGUGCGGAGUUCAACCUAGUCCCGACCUCCCACCAGCGAUCCCUGGACGAUCUGCCUGUAGGUACCAUUACCUGAGACCUACAGAAUGUAAGAUCAUAUUCCUGGACCCUGAGAAGUUUCACUUCAAGGGCAUUCAUGUUGGUGCUUGGGUCUUAAGGGUCCUUAGGACAAAUAACUAAAAUUUCUCACAGAAAAUUCUUUUGGAACAUUUUAUGUUAUUGCUGUGAGCAACAAAAUCUCCUCUCCAAAACUGAGUGGUAUCAUGAAUAGCAGGGUGGUAGAACAUUUAAACUUAGUUACAUUUCACCCAAUAUAUGAAGUCAAUACUUUCUUUGGAACUAUCAGAAAGGUAUGUAGGGAAGAGAGAUGCUAUCUGGAUAAGUUUAGUAUAUUCUUGAAAAAGAAUGAACCAAUUUAACCAAUUAACCAUAAAUAUGGUAAUGAUAAUAUGUUUAUUCCAGUUAAUAUUUGAUAAUAAAAAAUUCUCUCUAAUGAUAUAAUGUUGGGGUUUCUUAACUGUAAAGAGAAAUAAUUUUAGACUUGUGAACAUAAGAAAAGAGUGGAAAGAAUAAAUCGUGUAAUAAAGAUGUGGAAUAUACCAACAAGGUGGGGGUAGAUGCUCCCCAUGCCUGAGAAGCAAAUGUUUAUAUCUGCCAGUUAGAUCACAGACAGAUAUCUGUGGUAAUGGAGCAAUUAGUGCAUGAUGCAUUUAUAAACAACGUGGUGACUCUCUUUGGGUUGGAUAGACUAAAACAUAUGGAUUGACAUAAUGCUGCUGAACUACUAUACUUGUGGGUGUCUGAAUAAACGUAAAAAUCAGUGAGGAUAGUUAUCAUCAGGCAGGUUUGGUGGUUUAAACUGCUUCUUGGUUGACCUGAUGUCAAAUUAAAAGCACAAUGGAUGGAAUGGAGAGAACUACUGAAUAUUUAGUUGGCCAGUAUGGUUCAAUGUAUUUUCAUUCACAACAUCUAUAUCUUGCUGUUUUCUUUACUAAGGAAUCAGGGCAAAUCAUACAUAGUGAAGUAGUACAAUUUGAUAACCAUUUGUUUUAAAUAUUGAGGUUGCACCCACUUAAAAGUAUAGCAAGAAUAUGUUUCAGUUUUCCAGAGUACUUGAGUCUAAUUAUUUCAAAAAUAGCCUGCAACUUCAUUCAACAGUUUGAGGCUAUUAGGGUUGUCAGGUGCUGCUACUAAGUAAUGCAAUGGGUCUUAUACAACGUGGAUAGCAGAGGUUAGAAUCCAUUUUAACAAAUACAUGAGCUGCUGUACAAAUGAAUGUGAAGGGUGUGUGUGUGUGUGUGUGUGUGUGUGUGUCAGCAUCUAGGAGGAAGGGUGGGGACUUACAGAAAUGGUAAAAGAGAAACUGACAAAAUCAACAGACCAUUUCGGUUUGCUCUAAGCUCAAAAUACCAGAGCAAGUGAGUCAUUAAAAGAAGUUUAUUAAAAUAAUGUAUGAAAUUAUAGGGAUUGGAGUAUGACAUCCCAUAAAAGUUUUUGUCCCAAAAAGACAAAACAGAUUUUGCGACUGAACAUUUCUUAUGUAACACUGACUAUAAGAUUUUGACCCCUGGAUCGGGGUGGCGAGUAUUGUUUCAGAGUCGUUAUUAUCUACCCAGUAUGACAUCCUUACUCCUAGGAUUUCAGGCAACCAGUUCUAGGUAGGUCUUUUCAGCCAAGCUGCAUUUACAGAAAACUUAAUGUACAAGAGAUAAAUGAACUGCCCAUGGUAUUCUUAAAAAUAGAGACAGGAAGUAUGGGAGGAUACAUGUAGCUGUCCUUAUCAGAUAAAUAUGCAAAGUUGAACAGUUCCUUUAAAGUGAAUUAAAAAUAUAUAUAUAUUUUUGUUUACUCUUGACAAUAUUUGGAGCAUGUAUUACUGUAAUGUUGAUAAUUAUUUCAUCUGUUAAUGAUUUAUACUUAUAUUUGUACAAUGCUUCCAAAAUCACAAAUCAUUUAUGUAUUUCCUCUUAAAAGUUAUCAGAGUUAUAUAUGUAUUUCACAA